AUGGAAUCUGCUUACAAAGAAAGGUUAAAGUAUUUUCGUUUGGUAUUGAGUGUUGAGGAUGAUAGUGAAGAUAUCGAGGACAAGUGGACGCCUGUCAUUGAUAUGAAAUCUUUUCGGGAUGCUUGUUUCCAUGGCAUACCUGAUGAGCCGGGCCUUCGUUCAACCGCUUGGAAAGUUCUUCUUGGGUAUUUGCCACCAGACAAAAGAAUGUGGAGCUCAACUUUGAAGAGCCAGAGAUUAGCUUAUUAUAACUGGGUGAAAGAUCUCUUGGAAGAGCCUGGUGAGGAGCCGCCAUCAAGUGAUCAUCCUUUAAACGCUGAACCAGGAUCGAAAUGGGCUACAUACUUUCAAGAUAACUCAAUCCUAGAGCAGAUUGACAAAGAUGUUCGACGUACACUGCCAGACUUUGCAUUCUUUCAGCAACAUGUAGCUAUGAAUCCAUUAAACCCUCUCUCUCCACCUCUAAACGACGCUCCUGAAGAACUACCGACAACACACAACAACCCAAUCCAUGAAGCAGACCCUUUGUCGGCACUCAUUGCUGAAGAAAUGCCCAAUGAGAAGGAAUCCAUGGCCAGACGAUUUUCUUUCGGUCUCAUGGGUAGACCCAGAUCCUCAUCGUCAGCAUCGAAAAAAUCGCUCAAAACUGUAAAUAACUUAUCCUCCAAUAUAUCAAGCCCACAGCUGAAUCCACCACAUGUAAACUCUACAUCUGCCAACAGCGAUACGAGAGCUCGUUCGAAUUCUCGAAGCUCUGUCAGAUCAUUUUCAUCCGGCAUUUUGGACACAAGUUCAGAUAUUAUAUCAACGCCUCGAAGCAUUGUGCGAAAAUUAUCAACAGCAUUUACAUCAAAAAAUAGCAUCACGCACUCAAACCUUGUACCUCGAAUUGGAUUGAAAAAGCCCCUUGUAGAUCAGCUAGAACCGCUAUGUCCCUAUAUCCCAUCUCGAAGGUCAUUGUUUCGACGCAUCUCUCAUUUAAAUGAAGAUAUUGGCAACAGAGAACAUCAGAACAAUGGAAUAGAACACAGUGUGGGUCAAAUGGCCCUGGAGGCUGAUGCCUAUGUGAUGGACUAUCACUGGGAAGCAAUUGAGCGUAUUUUAUUCAUCUACGCCAAAUUGAAUCCUGGCGUCGGCUAUGUUCAGGGCAUGAACGAAAUACUAGCACCUAUUUAUUAUGUCUUUACAGCGAAAACGUCAGAAGAGGAUCCAGAAGCCCAAGCGUACGCCGAAGCAGACUCGUUUUUUGUAUUCACAACACUAAUGGCAGAUAUCAGAGACCAUUUUGUCCGUUCGUUGGAUCAAGAUGCAAGCACUGGAAUCAACGCUACCAUGUGGCGUAUGAGCCAACGUCUGGCAUGGUUUGAUAGGCCCUUAUUUCGAGAAUUGAGCAAGAAGGAUAUCAAGGAACAAUACUAUGCAUUCCGUUGGAUCACUGUUUUAUGCUCUCAAGAAUGGGAUCUACCGGAUGUCAUCCGUUUAUGGGACUCUAUUUUAGCGGAUCGAGGAAUGCAAGAAGGGAUGGAAGAGGGGCGCUUUGAAUUUUUGUUGGAUUUUACUGUCGCAAUGCUUAUAUGUAUACGUCAAGAACUUAUCAAGGGCGACUUUGCUGAUAAUAUGCGCAUUUUGCAAAACUACCCUAUUGAUGACAUGCAAAUUGUGCUCAAUUCAGCCUACUCGAUACGUGAAACAAGGCUUCAAGCGAUCGCUACAGGUAGAAUUAUACCUGGUGUGAAUGACAGGCGUAGUAGUGGAUUAUUCAACGGUGAUUUCAGUGAUGCCUCCUCUAUCUCGUCCAAUGGCUCUGGCAGUCGGUUCAAAAAAUUGAGAGACACAACUGAUAUGGCUCGUGCAAGUUUAGACUCUCUGCGAAGAGGGUCCAAAGAGUCAUUAGAUGAUUUAUUCAAGCGUGGACUAUCCAUCACAAGAGGCGCAAGUGAAGAAAUAGAUCGGAAAAGAGCAUCCACGGGUGACGUGACCCGUAGCCUCUCUCAAAAGUUUGCUUUUGCCAACAAUUUAGCAUCCAAAGUCAAGCGCACAUCCUCAGUGCGAUCUGCGAACACAGCCUAUUUACCACCACAACAACAAACUAUAGAAGAUCAAAUUCAACGAGAUUGGUUGCUGGCUAAUCAAUUAAACGCAUCAGAAAAUACCAUUCACAGACACAACUCCCUAUCAUCCAAUGCGUCGUCCAUCAAUACUGCAUCAACUACAAGAAGCAGCUCGCUAAUGAACCGCUUCUCUCAGUUUGUCUCUAGUAAACCAGUAGUCCCCUAUCAAAAUCAAACAGGGCAGCAUUAUCAAGACGCAUCACUAACAAAAACUGAUUCAACGUACUCGUCAUCUUCUGUGCUGUCAAAUCAUCAACAAGACAAGAAACAGCUUGGAACUAACCUCAAUACGCGUGAAUCGAUUGUUGGAACCUACAGAGGCUUUGUUUAA